UUGCCAGACGUCGGUUCGUCCACACAGUCCUCCUCCUCCUCAUCAUCAUCAUCAUCAUUUUCUUCAUCCAGACGUCGGCGCUCCUCAGCCGAAGAGGAAGAAGAAGAAGAAGAAGCCGAGCAGGAGCGUCUCCUUAGCGGGCAGCGAGCACACCUUGGUCGGUGUCACCUGCAGCGUCUUUUUUUUCACUCUUUUGUCGUGGAAAAAAAGCAACAAGAUUUUGCGUCGUUUUGGUGUCAGUCAGCAGUCAGCAGCCCCGCGGGGAGCAUGGAGACAGUCCGCGUCCACGCAGUCUUCUCCCGGCUUCUUCUCCUCGGCGUUGUGGUUGUACCAGUGGAACCUUUGGUGCGCGGCUUCAAGAAACUCCCAGAAGAUGUGGACUGGUCGUACACAGGUGGCCUCAACCAGCGCAACUGGGGUAAGAAGUACCCGUCCUGUAACAGUGCCAAGCAGUCCCCCGUGGACAUUGACGAGACCUUCUCUCAGGUGCGGCUGCAGUACCAGAACCUACAGCUAGAGGGCUGGGACAGACUCACGGCAGAGUCCACCACCAUCCACAAUAACGGGAAAACAGUGGCCAUCGCUGUGGACGGAAACUUCUUUGUCAGCGGAGGAGGGCUGAGCUCCAGGUUCCGUGUGGGUACCAUCACCUUCCACUGGGGGCGCUGCAACACCACCCUGGAAGGGUCCGAGCACAGCUUGAACGGGAUGAAAUAUCCACUUGAGAUGCAAAUCUACGGCUACGAUCCGGAGGAUGUCCAAAGUUUGGACGAAGCCAUCAGGGAGUCGGGGAGGAUCGCUGCGUUAGCGGUGUUGUUCCAGAUCAGCUUGGAAGACAAUGACAACCUCAACCCGCUCAUAGAUGCCAUCAACACCGUGAGUCGAUUUGGUAAGAGUGGGUCAAUGGAGGCCUUCAGCUUGCAGUCGUUGCUGCCCAACAACACGGACAAGUACUACAUCUACAACGGCUCGCUGACGUCUCCACCCUGCUGGGAGACGGUGGAGUGGCUGGUCUUCAAGCAACCUGUGGACAUCUCCCAAAGUCAGCUGGAGGUGUUCUGCGAGGUGAUGACCAUGGAGCAGGCGGGGUACGUGAUGCUGACGGACUACCUGCAGAACAACUUCAGGGAGCAGCAGCAGUUCAUGGGGCAGGUGUUUGCCUCCUUCACGGGAGUGGAGGACGUGCCCACGCCCACCUGCAGCUCGCCGCCGGAAAAUGUCCAAGCCGACGCCCAGAACGAGACCACCAUCGUGGUGACGUGGGAGCGGCCCCGCUUCGUCUACGACACCACCAUCGACUGGUACACUGUCACCUACGAGAGGCUGCAGGGCCCGGACCAGAGGAAGCAGGAGUACAGAACAGACGGGGACCAGGACGUGGGAGCCAUCAUCCCCGGCCUGCUGUCCAACAGCAGCUACGUGGUUCAGGUCAUCGCUGUUUGCACCAACGGCCUGAGAGGAAGAUGGAGCGACCAGAUCAUCGUGGACAUGCCGCUAGAGGAGCCAGAUGCUGAUUUAUUCCCCGAUGUUUCCAAAGGCAGCAAAGAGGUGUCACCCAGCGUCAGAGGGCAGAAGCCGGAGACUCCCAACCCUGUGGGUCUGAGCCCGGAUCACAGUCCAGUGGAGGAGAUCCCAGCAGAGCAGACCAGAGUUUACCAGAACCAACCCACCCACGACCCUCGGCCCCAAAGCACCCGGGAGCCCUCGGCCCCCGUGGUCACGCCAUCCACACCUGUGUGGUGGGUCCAGAACGGCCUGGGUGUCAGAAGGAAAGGCAGCGGGAGCAAGAACCAGAGCAGGACACAAAGGAUAUUUCCUCACGGAGGUGUGGAUGGGAACGGUGCCAUCUGGGUGAGCGGUAUGACCGAGCAGCCGGGCUUCCUGUUUCCUGUCUCGCAGCCCCACACGCUGCCCUCAGGGCGCCGUCACAUCACGGAGGAGGCAUCUCUCACACUUCAGUCUGGAGAGAUCCUCCCAGCACGUCCCACUCAGGGGGAAAGUGACCUCCCCUCGCCACUGUCAGACCUCCACUCCUCCGCCCAGGACCAGGUCACAGACGUCUUCUACGAAGACUCUCCUCCACAGAGCACCACCUUGACUUCUCCACAGAGCACCACCUGGUCCUCAGCCAGGUCCUCUGACGCUGCGCCAGGCGGUGUGCUGGCCGAGGGGACAAAUGAGUCGUCUGUAAACAAACCUCCAGAAAGCAGCACUUCAGCCUCCACCUCCCUCUGGAUCACAGCCAGGGCGGCGAGCGCCAGCAACACCCUGGCCGACACGGUCUACAAGUCCUUCACCUCGUCCUCGCUGCUGCGAGUGCUGGCGCAGACCACCCAGCCCAUGUUCAAUGAGGGGAGGAACAGCAGCCACGAGUCUCACGUGGGCCUGGUGGCCAGCGUGGAGAGGGAGAGGAGGACCAUCAUUCCUCUGGCUGUGGUCUCCACCCUCACUAUUCUCUGUCUGCUGGUGCUGGUGGGAAUACUCGUCUACUGGAGGAAGUGUUCCCAGACAGCCAACUUCUACGUGGACGAGGGUGUGUCCCCUAAGGUGGUGUCAGCUCCAUCCACACCACUGCUGCUGGCCACAGACGGUCACGAGGCGCUGACGGUGAAGCAGUUUGUGAAGAGCGCCAUGGAGCUGCACGCCACCAACACCUUCUCCAAAGAGUUUGAGAUUGUCAAAGAAUCCUACCAGGAGGUGCAGGCGUGCACGGUGGACAUGAACAUCAGCGCUGACAGCUCCAGUCAAGCAGAGAACAAAGCCAAGAACCGAUACAUCAACAUCCUGGCCUACGACCACAGUCGCGUGAAGCUCUCCAACAGUUUGGACCGAGAUGGGACCUGCGGGGACUACAUCAACGCCAACUUUGUAGACGGCUACGAGCGCACCAGGGCCUACAUCGCGGCGCAGGGUCCGCUCCGAGCGGGCAGGGAGGACUUCUGGAGGAUGAUCUGGCAGCAGAACGUGGGCGUGGUGGUCAUGAUCACCAACCUGAAGGAGAAGGGGCGGACCAAGUGUGACCGCUACUGGCCUGAGGAGGGUCAGGAGGACUAUGGACCGUACCAGGUGACUCUGAGGAGCACCAGGACCCUGGCUUACUACACUGUGCGGACCUUCCUUGUCAGGGAGAGCGCCAAUAAGGUACACACACACACACACACACACACACACACACAUGCAUGUGCACGUGCACCAACGUGUCUGCUCCAGCAGGCGUGUGGGAGGAGCGUGGAGCACACAGUCCAGCAGUACCAUUACACCCAGUGGCCCGACAUGGGCGUCCCAGAGUACACUCUGCCGGUCCUGUCCUUCAUCCGGAUGUCGUCUCGGGCUCGAACGCAAGAGAUGGGACCUGUCCUGGUGCACUGCAGUGCUGGGGUGGGCCGCACAGGAACUUACAUCGUGAUAGAGAGCAUGCUGCAGCAGAUCCAGGACCAGGGGACCGUCAAUGUCCUCGGCUUCCUGAAACAUGUGCGGACACAGAGGAACUUCCUGGUUCAGACUGAGGAGCAGUACGUGUUCAUCCACGACGUCUUGGUGGAGGCCAUCUUGAGUCGCAACACCUGCGUUGCCGCCGACCUCCUCCACGCCUACGUGUCCGACCUCCUGAUGCCCGGCGUGUCGGGCAGGACGCGCAUGGACAAGCAGUUCAAGCUGAUCAGCCAACGCCAGGCCAAGCACGCCGACUACAGCACGGCCCUGCGAGACGGCAACGCCAUGAGGAACCGAGCCAGAGCGCUGAUGCCAGUGGAGAGAUCCCGAGUGUGUCUCACGGCCACAGAAACCAACUCCUCAGGCUACAUCAACGCCUCCUACGUGCUGGGCCAGCACCACAGUAAGGAGUUCAUCGUGGGUCAGACGCCGCUCAGCAGCACUGUGGAGGACUUUUGGCGAAUGGUGUGGGAACACAACACGCACACGGUGGUCCACCUGCCCGACUCCCAUCAGCAGACGAGCGAGGACGGCGACCCGUGUCUGUAUUGGCCUUCCAAAGACCAGAUCAUGAACUUUGAAGGAUUCACGGUGGUGUAUUCUGGGGAGAGGAUGGUGUGUCUGUCCAAUGACGACAAAGUUCUGCUGCAGGACUUCACCUUAGAAUCCACGCAGAACAAUCUGAGCCUGGAGGUCCAACUUUACAUCGCGUCCUGCUGGCCCGACCCUGACGGUCCCAUUCGGAACUGUUUCCAGCUCAUCAACACGGUCAUGGAGCGCCGCCAUCGAGCACGCGGCCCGACAGUGGUGCACGACCCUCUGGGAGGCGUCACGUCCGGACUCUUCUGCGCCCUCACCACCUUGUCCAAUCAGCUGCAGGAGGAGGGGCGAGUGGACGUCUACCAGGUGGCCCGUAUGACCAACCUCAUGAGACCGGGGGUCUUCAACGAUAUCGAGCAGUACCAGUACCUGUACCGCGCCGUGCUCAGUCUGGUCAGCUGCCAGGAGGACCAGCGGGCCCUCCAGAGUCCGGAGACCAACGGCUCGGUACUGCUGGGGAAGACCAACGUUGCCGAAAGCCUCGAGUCGCUUAUGUAGAGGCCGCACACACACACACACACACACACACACAUACACACACACACACACACACACACACACACACACACAGCCAAGAGUUGUGAGUACUUGUGUUUGCACUUUAAAGCAGGGAUAUUCAACUAAAUUGUGUUGUUAAAUGUGUCAUUAACUCACUAAAAUUGGCAUUAAAUACAUAAAUGUGUAAAUAAAUGUAUUAUUUAUUACAAUAUCUAAUACAGUUUUAUACAUAUAUAUAUAUAUAUUUGAUAAUCAAUUAUUUUUAUUAUUACAAAAAUGCAAGAGACUAUUAAAAAAUGGGACAAAAUUAAACGAAUGAAUACAUUUUUAAAGAAUCAAAUAUGUCAUUAACUCAUUUGAUUUAAAUACAGAAAUG